UUUAAGUCAAAUUAUUUCAAGAAGUCGUUUGCUUAGUAUAAAUUUUUUUGGUGAAUGUUUUUAAAGUGUUGUUUUUACUGUAAAGUGAAUUGAUAGUGUUUUAAAAACCAAGCAUUAAGCCUAAGAGAAGCAGAGUCCACUCACUUCCUGCUCAAAGAAGGUGUGCCGCUCGGGUGUUUGUGACGUAGUUCACCCCUCCAUCCCCUAUCCACCGCACAGGCCAUCAAGCCAGCAGAAUUCUGUAGCUUGUUUCCCGUUUUCAAGAACGCGAAAGUUUCACUUCCUCUUCUUUUCCUUCGUCGUCGUCCCCGGUCAUCGUCUUGGACUUGUAUCCUCUAAUUGGGACCCCCGAGCAAACACAAGUCACCAAUAUCACCGCCUACAAUCCAGGCAUCUAGCAAGUCCACGAGAGGAGGGGAGGGCUAGUUGGGGCAACGUGAGCAAGUAACGUAGCAGUUAAGGCAGUAAGCGCAAACACAAACACACAACCACACACACAGAAUGGGCAAGCAAAACAGUAAACUGAAGCCGGAAGUGCUGGAAGAUCUCAAGCAGAACACAGAGUUUUCAGACGCCGAGAUACAGGAGUGGUACAAAGGUUUCCUCAAAGACUGCCCCAGCGGCCACCUAUCGGUUGAGGAAUUCAAGAAAAUAUACGGCAACUUCUUCCCGUACGGAGAUGCGAGCAAGUUCGCCGAGCACGUGUUCCGGACGUUCGACGCCAACGGCGACGGCACCAUCGACUUCCGGGAGUUGUGCGCGCUGAGCGUCACCAGCCGCGGCAAGCUCGAGCAGAAGCUCAAGUGGGCCUUCUCGAUGUACGACCUGGACGGCAACGGGUACAUCUCCCGGCAGGAGAUGCUCGAGAUCGUGACCGCAAUCUACAAGAUGGUUGGGUCGGUGAUGAAGAUGCCGGAGGACGAGAGCACACCGGAGAAGCGGACGGACAAGAUCUUCCGCCAGAUGGACCGCAACAAGGACGGCAAGCUGAGCCUGGAGGAGUUCAUCGAGGGCGCCAAGAGUGAUCCGUCGAUCGUGCGGCUGCUGCAAUGUGAUCCGCAGGCGCAGUGAGCAAUUCCAAGGCCCGGCUCGUGUCCAACUCUCAGUUCAAGUCCGAGGCCCGGCGGCGACGGCGCCCGUCGCUGGCACCCGCGGCGGCAUCAGCGACGGCGUCGGCGCCGGUUGGCCACUAUUACCGCUACCAAUACCGCUAUUACUACUUCUACUACCACUUCUACUACUACUAUUAAAGUAAUUACUUCUACUAUUAUCGCAAGUUAUAAUGAUGAUGAUGAUGAUUGGCUAAACAUAACCACAAAAGGGGCGAAUUCACAAAAUCUGCAACACGCUACACGUAACUCCGAUAACUUGGAACCUAAUUAUUGUAAACUUUUACUAUUAUAUAACAAAAUAUUUAUUGCAAAUCACAGUUUAUAAUUUACGAAUUGAAAACAAGGUAAAAUGUUGCAAACAUCUACAAAUGAGUAUCACAAAAGAUUAAACACAAACAAAUAAAAAAACAAAACACAGAGUAAACAUAAGAGAGAGUUAAAACGAAAGAGAGAGCAAACGGUCGCUGCACCCGCUGCGGAUUAUUUUGUCUUUUUUCUGUUCUAGUAGUAGAUAUAAAACAAUUGAUGAUAAGAUGCGAGUUUAUAUGUAAAUAUUUUAAAUAGAUUGAAUCACUAUAUCUUUUAAAAAUCUCAUUUCAUCGCUUCGCGAUCUUCUCAAAUUUUCGUGUCUCUUUAAUCGUGUGCGCUCUCUCACUCAUUCAACCUCCCACUCUCACCACGCGUCGUCUCAUCACGCUCUCAUCUCAUCGAAAUCGCUUGUUUUCGUGUGCGCGCUCUCUCUCUCUCGCUCUGUGUGUAUUGGUGAGCACUGUACAGGAAACAGUAAAAUUCGUAAACAUCAUCAUCGUUUCGCUUUUUUUUGUGUGUAGGAAAUGCUGAGGGAGGAAAUUUGGGCGAUUUUCUCAAUUGAUGGCUCUCUCUCAAUUCGGGAAAAGAAUUAUGAGAAUGAAACAAGCAAUUGACUAAAUUUCCUCUUACUUUAUCACCAAAAGCAUUCAUUUUUAGUUUUAUUAAUGCUUUUUCCGAUGCUUCUGGUUGUGUUUUCCCUCCCCUUCUCAUGUAUUUAGAAGACCCUUUUAAUGUUAUGAAAAGUGUUACAAUUGAGUGUUGCUGAAAAUUUCUGCGAAACAUGUCGGGAAUGGUGGAAAGUUUUCACAUUUUUUAUUUGUAAAAAAGUCGUUCAGCUCAAGAACGACUCUUCUCGAAUUUGGGAAAGCUCCCUUUCAAAUUGCAUUUCAAAUUUGAAAUUUUCUGCAACUUCGUACAAAGUAAUGGGCCUAACAAAACAAGGUGAAUUAUUCGCAGCCUCCGCGAAUUCACAUUUGCAGCACUCUGCCUAAAGCUCGCGUUCAACGGAGUCUCGGUGCAACAUGGAAUUGAACUUUGGCAAAGCGUAAACAAACGAUGCGUGUGUGUUUUUAACCUUUAGAGAGAAAAAAAAAACAAAACUAUCGAGGGAAAACAUUGUCCAGAAAGACACUUACACAACCGAAAACAUCCAUACUUCAAGUAUUGAACCUCAACUUAAAGCUUUGCCACGCAGUCACACUAGGAAAAAUACAUACUUCUAUUUCCUGUAUUUAUUGUAUCAUUUGGACCACCCACCACAAACAAACCUUUUUUCACCCCAACGCCAUUUCACCCACACACACACAAACCAACUCUGGUUGUUGAAUUUAGUUGUCCUGUGUUAUAAGUUCUCUAGGGUUUGGAGUUUAAAGCGAAGACGACGACGAUUUUAGGUUUCUAAUUGGUUUUUCCCGAACUGCUGCAACGAAUUUUGUUCGUCUUCGUUUGUGCUGUGUACACUGAACCGGCGGUUUGACACUUUUCAAGAAGGUAUUAGACUAUGAGAAACAAACAAACUCGCACUUUUGAGUUACUUACGAGUUUGGCAAACUGUUUGUUUCAUUUUUUGUCAUAGUUUAAUACCUCCUUCAGUUGAUUCCUUUUAUACGGCGCUCACGUGACCAAACAAACAUUUGCUAGUGUGUGUGAGCACCGUACAAAAGGGAUGCGCUGUCGGUGUCAAACUAGCGGGGUUUAGUGUACAAAUGAGGUAUUACACUUUGACAAAUAAACAAAUUCGUACUUUUUCAUGUUUGACGCAAACUUGUUCACGGUAUGCAGGCUGACGUUUCUGCAAAGUCUACAGAAACAAACAAAGCAGACAAACUGACAGACUGUCAAAAAGUGUGAGUUUGUUUGUUUGUCAUACAGACUAAUACCUCCUUAAGAUUGAUUUUCCCCCCAUCCCGAAUUUCAACCUUACUGUAAUGUGUACCCUUAAGUUGUUAGAAAACACUUUGUAGUUUAUGAAACAAGAGGAGAAGAAAGCAAACAAAUAGACGUUUCAUUUUUAUUUAGGUUAAGCCUGUUUUUGUCAUGAUUUUGUUCGGUUUGUUUGUAAACAUAUUUCAAAGUAAAUAAACAAGACGUGUGGAAAUAAGUAAUGAGCAGAAAGAAGCGAAUUGUGCGCCAAGCCAACAACGUUUGUACAGCCUUUUUAAUAAACAUAAACUAUAUUUCUCUUUUUAUUUAUUAUACAAGAAAUCGGAGUUGUUUGGUUUGUUUAUUUGACGACGAAAGAAAUUCAUUUUUAGUUGUCUUGCUAAGUUUCCAUUUUGCUUAGUUUUAUAUCUUUAUCCUUCUUCUAGCAAUAUUAAAAUUGUAUUAUCACUCAUACCACAGACAAUCAGACGUAAAUCAUUGAACAAGAUUUCUCAAAAUUCAUCAAUCACUCAUCACUAGAGCCAUCUAGCUGUGAACGCGUGCAACGCAUGUCAAACGCCCGUAAAUGAGCUGUGAUGAAUUCAAAGUUGCCGUGGUAAGUUUCUGGUCAUUCAAAUCGACCGUUGAUUUGUUAAUUCAGAAAAAGAUUUACUUCUGUUUGUCUGUGCUCAUACCUUCACACAAUCAAACUGAAUCACACAAAAAAAGAUAACAAACGUAUCAGUUUUCCAGUGUUCAAUGUCAAUUAUUGAUUGAAUUUUCUCUAUUUUGAAUCACAAACGAAAGCUAUGAUAUUCAUUUUCAAACUAGUAUAAUUACCACAAUCCUAGGUCCUACUAAUUAUGUGUGAAAAAAAUAAUCAAGCAAAGAUUGAUAACCAAAAAAAGGCUGUUCUAAACAGCCUGGAAUAACCAACUUGAAUAAUUUAUAUUUACCCCUUAUUACGAGAGUCAAACGCACCGUGAAGCUUCUCGUGCUGUGCUGUUUUUAAAAGAAACUUCUAUACCUUGUAAGAAUUGAGAAUCUUUAGCAAAAAUAUACCCAUUUUCAAAGCAAAUACUAAUAGAGGAGAAUUUUUUCAAGUGUAAGAAAUAAAAUGUUACAUUGUUGCUAAGGAUGGGAAAUCCAACAAGAAAAAGAAAACCAAAAGUUAGAGGAAAACUACCCACAAAAUGACACACGCAAUAGAAGGUUAAAAACUCCAGGUAAGUUCAGCAAACUCAGCCAUAAAUUGACUUACAAAUGAAAAGAAAAAUUCAAAAAAGUUAGUUAAUAGUGCGCGCAGCGAAGCAUUAUUGAAUUGAAUGUACCUCUUGAAUACUUAAAAAAUAAAAGACAAGAUAACAAAUGGAAGAAAAAACUGCAACUAUUCUAGUAAAAAUUGUGUGAGUAAAAACAAAGAACAAAACAAAAGAGACAUUGCGUACGCGAGUAUAAACAAAAUAGUUCAUUAUUGCGACACUGUAUUGAGCCAUACCUUCUUUAUUGAGGCAGAACGAAUGAGUAUAACAAAUCAUUACUUAGAUAGUACUUUUUGGAAGUAAAAUUAGUGCAUAUUUAUAGUAAUCGUAAAAUUCAAAAAGUCAAAUAAUAACUUAGGGAUCGAUUUUGAAAAGAUACCUGAAUACUGAUACCUUCUUAUUUCUACUGAAUUUAUUUUUUUUAACAUGGAAGUGUUGCCAGUUUAGUCAAUUUUGAUUCGGUUUUCUCAAUUCCACGAGCAUUAUUUGUGUAAAAAUUCACUCCUAUUGAUCGUCCAGUUGCGUUACGAUUACGGGGGUAAAAAUCGAAGAAAAAGUUGAUCGAUGGCCAUUUCCACCCGAAAAUAUUCCGCAAUCCGCGAGCAGAUUUCGUUCGAAAAGCAAGAAUUAAUGUUCAGCACAAUUUUAGAUAGGAAUUCUAAACAAAUGAUUGCAAAAAAGCUAAGCAUAAAUGUAUCAAAUGUGCAGAGCAGAAUGUCGUGAAACGAUAAAAAGCCCAACGAUUUUUGAUUUACUAUUAUUUUACGCAAUAACGAUGCUUGCUAUAAAAUAAGAUGACAGCUGGAACAAAUUUAUAGCAAGUGCCUUUAUGGCGUUUGAUUUUUCAUUUAAAUAUCAACAUUUAGUAUCAGCAAUUUCUCGAAUGAAACUCUACGAUAAGCUAAAAAGUAGUUUUAACCCACUAAACAUUGUUAGUCACAAGUUUCGUUGGCCUUUUCAAGCAUAGAUAAUAUUCUCAAGUUAACAAAUACUUUUAUCUACCACUUCUUAAAAUCCAAAACCAAAUAAACAAAAGAAAAUCCCAAAAAAAAAUGCACGUUUAUUGCACAACUUAAAGCACUGUUCUUCCAAAAUUUUCCAAAACAUGUGUAAAUCGAAACCCUUAAAAAUGAAAGAAAAUCAAGCGGAGGAAAUGUUACGUAGGCUAAGUUGAGCAGAGAAAAGAAGUUAUCUAGAUAAAUUAUGAAUCACCUCAGCAAGCAAUGUCGACCAGCGGAGCAUAAACAUUGAAAGAAUUAUUUUUUUUUAAUUUUAUUUGAUUUUUCGAACUCACUGCGACACGCAUCUCUAUUAACAGUUACGAAUCGACCAAAAAGAAUCAAAACAAAACAAAACAAAAAAAAACAAAUAGUUGUCAACACUAGUCACCCCAAACAAUUAGCAAGUAAUAGUUCAAUCUAGCGAAAAUGCAGCAUCUCUUUUUAACUCUAUAACAAGAAAAGCAGUGAAAAGUGCGCGUAGUUGUUUUGUAGAAACAAAAUAGAACGGUUUUAAGUUGUUAACUGUGGACAUUUGAAAAACAAAAGUCACUGAAAUUGACAUUUGAUGCAACUUAAAUCUACAAAUAUUUUCUUACAGCAGUUUUUUUAAUUACUAUUUUUUUCAAAUUGUUUAUGAAUAUAUGAGGAUUGCAUAAAAUAACGGUUAAGAUGCCUAAUUUUUUUUGUUGAUAUUUCUUGUUAUUUGUCUCGUAAUCCUUUCAUGACAUUUACCCUUUUUUGACAGAUAUUGUGGUUAAGCAAUCCAUUUGUCUACAGCAAAACCACACCGUCACUCCUGUCAAAAAAGAUAAAUAUUAUGGUUCCGAUUUCAAGCCGAAUAUUUAAACCUUUCUCGAAAAACGGCCUACUUAGGUGAACUUACCAAACUGUUACGGUAAGUGAAACAACUAGCAAAGCAAUCGUUCGCAAAAAGUGUCACACGUUUUGGCGAAAAGCAGUGCUGCCAAAUGUGAUGUUUUUUUUUCUUAUGUGAAAGAUCCUUUCCCUAGAAUGUAUUUCCCGAAAAUAACAACAACGUCACGCAAUCUAUUGUGCAAGAGUAAACUUCCCACAGACAUGUUUUGACAGUUGAGGCGUGUGGCGAUUUUUUACAGUCCGCAGAGUUAGGAAAGAAAACAAAAACAAACAGAACCUAAAAUAUUCAGCAAAAUCGAGCGUAGUUUAAAAAAUCUCUAUCAGCUAUAAUUGCAUGAAAUUUUUAAGAUCGCUCAAAUUUGUUCCAAAUAACAAACGUUUGACAAACAAAAAUAAACAAAACAUAAAACUAGAAGUGAUUUUAAUUUACCCGUUCGCAUGUAAGGAAAUCAGUUGAAGUGAAUUGGUUUUUAAACUGUGCAUAGGCAAUACGUUAAGCAUUGAGAAGAAUAUAUAUUGAUAACGGUAACAAGUAAUUAAUACACACACACAAGUAAAAAAA